GUCUUAGUCCAGCCUUCGUCUCAGCGGAGGAGAACCUGGCGCGUAUAUAAGGGAGCGAGGUCCAGGGAGUCACACUUGGCCUGACAACCUCAUCUCCUACACAGCUCCCCCAACGCCUCCUGCCAUCCAUAAUGCUGCGCCUGUUGGUAGUGAUGACCGUCGUGACGGUGGCCCUUGGCAGUAGCAUCAUCCCUAACACUCCCAGCUGUGUCUUCUGGUGCAAUUACCCAAAUGAUGUCAACGCCGGUGCCUCCUACUGCUGCAUUAAUUCAAACAAUAACAUUAUCGAAAAUACAAAUCCACAGGGAAACCCUGGCAGAUGUAUAAAGCAUUCCUUCUGCGCCAGGUUCGAGAGCAAACCGGUCGCUCCUAUCAGAUGUGGUCAUGAUGACUAUUGUCCCAACAACGAAAAAUGCUGCUAUGACGCCUGUCUGGAGCACCACACCUGCAAGGCUCCACUUCCCCAUUAACUCCUUGCACAACAUCACACCGACUGUUCUACCCGCUGCCCAUCUCGGCGUCACACCUAAAACACUGACCAUAUAAACAACACCAAUACGAGCACUCAGCAGCACCAGACGUACCUCCCCGCCCAGUAAUGCAGUUCUCAAGAAAGUUCUUUUGGGGCAGAAGCGCGAGGCAAGAAGGAACAAUUUAGUUGUCUCGAAAUGGAACUUGUAAGUGGAACGUGAUCCACUUGAAUACCACCAAAUGUUACACUUGUGUUAUAUGAACUGCGUAUUAUUAUUGCUGUUAUUAUGUUCUAGUGAUGCUCUUCAAGUUUGUUGUAUUUGCUUCAUGUUCAUUAGAGAGAAGUUAAUCUUCUUACAAUAAAGUUGUUGCCGUCA